CGCCCGCUACGGACGUAGUGUAGCUGCGUAGCGCUGCGAUCGCGUCGUAAACUCACUAAGUAUAACAAAGUUAUUUUUUAAAUAAAAACAUUAUUUUAGUGGAUUAUCUGUAUAAGUAUAUGAGUGUAUGAUAAUGAUACUGUAUACAUAUUAUAGUUAUAAGUUUUAAAAGUAAUUUUUAAGUGUUAUAAGUGCACAAAAACAUAAAUUCUAAGUAACUUUGUAAAUUAAAAAUCGAACAAGUUUGAAUAACAUCAACAAUAAAAGUUUUAAUCUACUAAAAAAAAUAACAAACUUUUUACAACAACAAAAAAAAUGCUGGCCACAAAUUCCAAAUCCAAUUUCAAAUAAAAUAAAAACAAAAUAAAAGAAAAAUGGCGGAGUUUUACCGCGCGAAUGAGACAGCAGUGCAGUUUUACCAACGAUGUACGAAUCUAUCUUACUUCGAUUGUUCGGAGGAAGAAAUGCUGUGGAUCAUGAUGGGCCCUCGGACCCUGCCUCUGCAGAAGAUAGUGCCCAUCUCCGUGCUGCUGCUGGUGAUAUUCCUGACGGGAGUGGUGGGCAACGUGGCGGUGUGCGUGGUCAUCGUGAAGCACCCCGCCAUGCACACUGCUACUAAUUAUUAUCUGUUCAGCUUGGCGUUGAGUGAUCUCCUGUUGUUGCUGUUUGGUCUCCCCAACGACCUGUCAGUCUCCUGGCACCAGUACCCCUACAGCCUCGGCAUCGUCUUCUGCAAGCUGAGGGCACUCAUCUCUGAAGCAGCAUCGUACGUGUCGGUGCUGACGAUAGUGGCGUUCUCGCUGGAGCGGUACCUGGCCAUCUGCCACCCGCUCCACCUGUACGCCAUGGCUGGGUUGAGGCGCGCCCUGCGGAUAGUGGCUGCCCUGUGGCUGGUCUCCCUGCUGGCGGCCUCGCCCUUCGCCCUCUACACCACUGUCAGCUACCAUGACUAUCCACCAGGGUCGGGCAACGCAUCCCUGGAGUCAGCGUUCUGUGCGAUGCUGGAGAUGCCGUCGUGGUACCUGUGCGAGCUGAGCAGCCUGCUGUUCUUCAUCCUGCCUGGAGUCAUCAUCCUCUGCCUGUACGUCCGCAUGGGGCUGCGAAUUAGGACCACCCACACGAACAAGCCAGGCAGUCCAGGCACCCUGAACGGAGUGAACGGCAGCGUGCACGGGGAGGCCAGGCAGGCGCAGUCCAAGAAGACUAUCAUCAGGAUGCUCGCGGCGGUGGUGGUGGCAUUCUUCGUGUGCUGGGCGCCGUUCCACUUCCAGCGGCUGUUCUUCAUCUACGGCACGUCCUCGCGGCACUACCACACCAUCAACGAGUACCUGUUCUACGUGGCCGGCGCCUUCUACUACAUCUCCGCUACCGUCAAUCCUAUACUCUACAACGUUAUGAGCCAUAGGUACCGCAUCGCAUUCUCAGAGACCCUCUGCUGUGGUAAGGUCAUCAGCAAGAAGAACAGGUACCGGGAGCACUCCAGCAUCAGGGAGACCAUGGUGAACCACACAUCAGACGGCACCAACCUGGUCAGGGUCCGCUCCGAGAUCCAGCAUAAAAGGAACCGACUGGACAGGCGAAGCAGGAGGUGCAGCUACUAUGGCACGGAGACCACCAGCCUCUGUAGCGAGAAAUGGAGACAGGAGACACCGAAGAAGAUGAACAGCAUGCUAAUCAAUGACAGGAACAGUGUAUCUUCAACCUUAUGUAAUAAUAACGAGAGUCAAUUGUUGUAUAGCGACUUCAAAAUAGACGGUGACGUCACUUAGGGUACCAGGCGCGCAGACAUCGCGAGAGCUAACCUGAACGUCGGGAGAUACUGUCCGCCAUAUUGCCGAUAUAAGGAGGAUUGUAACUUUCAUUGUGAUAUAAUGAUGUAGAUUUAAUACUACGCUUUUAGUGUAUAGGUAAUAAGGUUUAUAAUUGAUAAUUAUUCUGUAUAAUACGCCGUGUUUAUUUAUUUGUAACUGAUAUUCGUUUUCGCGUAAAAAAAUAAUAAAUUCUGGUAAAUGUAGAGACAUUUUUUGUGAACAUUUUUCAAGUAAAUCAUUAAGGAAUGUUAUAUCUUGACGGUACCGAUGUUAUUUUUUCAACGAAAGGACAAUUAUUUUCUCUUGUAAGAUGUCUACACUACAUUGGGUCUCACUUACAUUACCUAGAACCUAAAUGAAGAUGUCAUGCGUGUACUAUAUACCACAAUCAUUAGUUCGUACUCGUGCCGUAUCGUGUGACUAUUAUUUUUAAUUAAUUACUUGAAACAGUACAAUAGGGUGGUAUCCUCAUAUUGUUUAAUGUCCGUCUGGUAGAUUACUUUAAAACAUUAGACGCGUGUUUAGUCUUUUCCCACGAAAUUAGACACUUUUACGUUGAUUUGAAAUGUCGUGAACAUUUUAUAGAGUAACUUGACGCAACGACCUCCAACACCUAAACUCCGUUUUAUCUAAGUAUUGUUUAAUUAUAUG